AUGACGUCCCUGACAUCUAACUUUAACCUGACAGAGAACAUCACCACCAUCAUCCGACCCCCUUAUUUCUACAUCAGUGGAUUCACAGGGAUCCCCCACAUCAAGUACUACUAUGUCUUCCUCUCCCUCGUAUACAUCAUCUCUCUGAUGGGUAAUACCUUUGUCAUGUUUGUCAUCUACCUACACCAUAAUCUCCACAGACCCAAGUACAUCGCUGUCUUCAACCUGGCCUUCACCGAUGUAUGUGAGACCACAGCCUUGGUCCCCAAGCUCCUGGAUAUGUUCCUGUUCGGCAGACAGUUCAUCUCCUAUGGCCAAUGUCUUACCAACCUAUUCUUUGUCUUCGUCUUCCUCUUCAUGCAGUCCUUUAACCUCAUCGUCCUUGCCUAUGACAGACUGGUGGCCAUCUGCCUCCCACUCAGGUACCACACGUUGGUGAGUAACAGGUCCAUGUUUCAGUUGAUUGGUGCUGCCUGGGUGUUCGCUGUGUUCAUUCUUUUGAUCCCUGUUGGAUUCAUCACACGCCUCUCCUUCUGUGGGUCUGUGGUGAUCAACAGCUACUUCUGUGACCACGGCCCCCUGUACCGUCUGGCAGCUCCCUGUUCUGAUAUACUCCCUAACCUUGUAAUGUCAUACCUUGACCCCUGUUUGGUGUUCUAUAUUCCCACAGUCUUAAUCAUAGCAUCUUACAUCUGUAUCAUCCACGCCCUCUUCACCAUCACACUUCCCCAGGACAGGCACAGGGCCAUAAAGACAUGCACCUCUCAUCUGAUACUAGUAACCAUAUUCUAUCUGCCCAUUAAUAUCACCUACCUUCUCUUCAGCUACAUACCGACUAACGUGAGGAUCAUCAACCUUUCUUUGACCUCAGUGCUGACACCCAUGCUCAACCCCAUCAUAUACGUUCUGAAGACGGAGGAGUUCAAGGAAUCUGCAAAGAAGCUGAUCAGAAGUGUAGCUCAGAGAGCUAUCCUCGCCACCUCCCACCUCUGCUCCGGCGCCCUGUCCUGCCUCAGGGGUGGAGCCUUCUUCCUCUGUCUAAGUGCCCCUUCCUGCUCCGGUGGCGGAACUUCCACCUGUCCUCACGUCCCUUCCUGCUCCGAGGGGCAGAUACUUCACUGGUCCCAGCGUCCCUUCCUGCUCUUGGGGCAGAGCCUCCUCCUGACCCAGCGCCGCUUCAAGUUCCGGGGCCAGAGCUGCCACCUGGUGCCCACCUUCCCCCCCUCGAGUGUUCCAGUCUUGCGGUCAAGAGCCCGCGCCUUGGGGGGGUACUGUCAGGUCCUGGCUUGGGUGCCUCUAGGCAUCUCUAUGCCCCCGGGUGCCACAGCCAAGGCCUAA